AUGGCGGGCGUUCACUCGACGAGUGCGAAUCUUGUUUUCGAGAGCAGUGAGGAGGUCACUGUGGCGCCGACCUUUUGCGUGCAUGGCGCUAACGCCGCAGACUACGAAAAGCCCUCUGCCAUCCAGCAGCGCGCUAUUCAGCCGAUUCUACGUGGCCGCGAUGUGAUUGCACAGGCGCAGUCGGGUACCGGCAAGACCGCCACCUUCUCCAUUUCCAUGCUGCAGACCAUUGAUACAGCAUUGCGCGAGACACAGGCGCUCGUGCUCAGUCCUACGCGCGAGCUUGCGACGCAGAUCCAGAGCGUCGUGCUGGCCCUCGGAGACUAUAUGAACGUGCAGUGCCACGCGUGCAUUGGCGGCACGUCUGUCGGCGAGGACAUCCGCAAGCUCGAGUAUGGACAGCAUAUCGUGUCUGGCACGCCCGGCCGCGUAUUUGACAUGAUCCGGCGGCGACACCUGCGGACAAAGAAUAUCAAAAUGCUGAUCCUCGACGAGAGCGACGAGCUCCUAAACAUGGGCUUUAAGGACCAGAUUUACGACAUCUACCGCUACCUGCCGCCGGCGACGCAGGUUGUGCUCGUCUCAGCGACAUUGCCGAAUGAUGUGCUGGAGAUGACAAGCAAGUUCAUGACAGAUCCCGUGCGCAUCCUCGUGAAGCGUGAUGAAAUUACGCUCGAGGGCAUCAAACAGUUCUUCAUUGCCGUGGAGAAGGAGGACUGGAAGUUCGACACGCUGUGCGAUCUCUACGACACCCUGACGAUCACACAGGCGGUCAUAUUCUGCAACACGCGCAGAAAGGUCGACUGGCUCACGGAGCGCAUGCGCGAGAACAACUUCCAGGUGAGCAGCAUGCACGGCGAGAUGCAGCAGAAGGAGCGCGACGCGAUUAUGAAUGAGUUCCGCCAGGGCAGCAGUCGCGUGCUCAUCACGACGGACGUCUGGGCCCGCGGCAUCGACGUGCAGAACGUCUCGCUCGUUACCAACUACGACCUGCCGACGAACCGCGAGAACUACAUCCACCGCAUUGGCCGCUCAGGGCGCUUUGGACGCAAGGGCGUAGCGAUCAACUUCGUCACAAACGAAGACGUGAAGAUCUUGCGCGACAUCGAGCAGUACUACAGGUUCGUCGGCCACACUUACGCUCAGCACACAAAUUGA